UCUUUUUGCAAGCUGUUUUGUUUUCAAUCGCAGGUGCUGCUCAGUGCUGUGAAACCUAGGAACUUAAAGGCAAACAUCCAAAACAAUGAUCACACCAUAAACAGCAUCUGUCUGCUUCAAACAUUGUGAAAAUAGAAUCUGAAAUCACACAUCUUACAGAUUAAAAACUGGUUUUGGCAGCCAUGUUGUCAGUUUUCGUGGCUUUCCUGUUUCUUUGCACUGCCCACCUGCCAUCAUACUCCUCCACCCUACCCUUUGAGCAAAAUGGAUUCUGGGAUUUUGGUGAGGACAUUGACGUUAAAGAGCUGAUGGUGAUGAUGAUGAAAGACCAGGAAGAAGGCUCGGGUGUGGAUCCGUACGAAACCGAACACAGCACAUGCCCAUUUGGCUGCAGAUGUCACCUCAGAGUGGUCCAAUGCUCAGAUUUAGGUCUAAGAUACGUUCCAAAAGGUAUUCCUGCAGACACGCUGUUGUUGGACCUCCAGAGCAACAAGAUCACAGAGAUUAGAGAGGGAGACUUUAAAGGCCUGACCAACCUCUAUGCGCUGGUUUUAAGGUAUAACCAGAUCUCCAGAAUUGACGCCAGGGCAUUCCUUCCAUUGAAACGCUUGCAGAAAUUAUAUAUCUCGCACAACCGUCUCACCUCCAUUCCCAAAAACCUGCCUAAAACCUUGGUUGAGCUGCGUAUCCAUGACAACCACAUCAACAGGGUGCCAGCAUUGAGCUUCGCAGGCCUCCACAACAUGCAUGUCAUUGAAAUGGGCCGUAAUCCACUCCGGAACAGUGGCUUUGAACCUGGAGCAUUUAUGGAUGUUAAAUUGAACUACUUGCGCAUUUCUGAAGCCAAACUUACUGGUGUCCCCAGAGACCUUCCCAGCAGUCUUCAUGAGCUUCAUUUGGACAAUAAUCAGAUUCAGGCCAUUGAGCUGGUAGAUCUCAGCCAGUACACUCAGCUGCAGAGGUUGGGCCUUGGUAAUAACAAAAUUCGCCACAUCGAGCAAGGUGCUCUGUCUUAUCUGACUAGUCUUAGAGAGCUGCACCUUGACAACAACAUUCUGCCCAAAGUGCCCAGUGGACUGCCUCCUAUGAAGUAUUUACAGGUUGUCUACCUCCACUCAAACAACAUCACUGAGGUCGGGGUGGAUGACUUCUGCCCUACAGGUUUUGGAGUGAAGAGGGUCUUCUACAAUGGCAUCAGUCUCUUUGACAACCCAAUCAGGUACUGGGAGGUGCAGCCUGCUGCUUUCCGCUGUGUCAGUAACCACAUGGCUGUACAGUUUGGCAACCACAAGAAAUAAAAAGUACAAUCUUCAAAAAUCAUAACAAUCAUCCAGAGGAAGUCGAAUAGACAGCAUGCCAUUUUGUUCAACAUUUAAGCCAAGAGUUUUUAAAGAGGAAGCAUCACAUUUCCAUGGAUUUGGAAGAGAUAUGGACAUUCGGGAGAAAAUUGGAAAGAAAAAUGUAAUCCUACAUAAAAGAGAUUCACAAAUUCAAAGCUAAAAUUGUCAGCUUAAAAGUUUCCAUGUGUGUAAUUCUGCUGAUUGUUUAUUGGACAUAAAUGAAUAUGUACUCUUGUUGUCUAAUCCUUUCUGAAAUGUCUGUUAACAGCUUCAUUAGUUUUCACGGAUUGCAUCUUAAAUAAGAUACAUUCAAAGAUUGUCUUGGGUGCUGAUUGUCACUUAUUCAUUAGCCCACAGUGAUACUGUAAUAAAGUUUUCAAUUGGGUCGUGGAUGUU